GGAAGUUAAGGGAAGGUGACUAAAACAAAACUGAUGAAGCAUUAAAUAAUGCUAUGACUGACGUCACUAUGACUGACAAUGAGUAUUUAUAUCGGUGGGGAAACAAGCGAAGACGAACGAUGUACUACAAUAAUUUCAUUAAUAAACGGUGUAGCAGUUACCGACCAUCUGUGGACUGCUCCUAUGACUGCUACCAGGAACCUGUUCCAGGAUUACUACUGUGGUGAAUCAAUAACCCAUCCGAUGACGGUGCAGCUAAAAAUCAUGAAAUAUGCAUUUCCAUUAAGGGCUGGGCUAUCGAUCUGGAUCGCUGAAGUUUCGGACAUAUGCAACGCCUUUGUCCCGGGCGUACAUCUGCACCAGAGUGAUUCACCGCUUCCCGGCCUUCGGGAUCAUCCAAGGUAG